AUGUCGUGCUUAGAUUUGAUGGAAAAUGUGAUUGUGGGCGUGCACGAGCCCCUCUCUCUAGAGAAUGUGGCCAAUGCCUUCCGUGACACAUUCCAACUGCAUGCAGGACUGUUGGACAUCACUCUCAGGAGAGAGGGGUUUGAGGUGUUCGUCCAGUGUAAUGGGGAAGACCCCAACCUUGACCAUCCAAGGUUCGAGGGGAAUGUCCGUGAUGGUGUCAGGGGACAGGGCCAGGAGCAGCAGCCAGCCGAUGGAGAGGAGGAUGGAGGAGAGGCUGAAGACCUUCUAGAACUGCCGGACCUUGAUGACGCCCUGCAGAGGGCCCCCCUGAACAUCGAGGACUUCUCCCUGCCCUCUUUCCCCAGAUAG